AUGGCACAAGAACGUCUACAUUACGGCGAUUGGAUAGUUAUCGCAGGAUACUUUGUGGCGGUGAUUCUAGUUGGGAUCUUGUCGUCAUGCAGAAACCGGGGCACGGUCGGCGGUUACUUUCUGGCUGGCAGGAGUAUGCACUGGAUUCCGGUUGGAGCUUCCCUGUUCGCCAGCAACAUUGGGUCUGGCCACUUUGUGGGUCUGGCAGGCUCUGGAGCUUCAAGUGGGAUUGCCAUAGCUUCAUUUGAGCUGAGCGCUAUCUUUAUUCUGAUGGUACUGGGCUGGUUUUUUGUUCCUGUCUAUGUGGCUGCCGGGGUAUUUACUAUGCCUGAGUACCUGAGGAAACGGUUUGGAGGACAGAGAAUCAGGAUUUACCUGUCCGUGUUAGCGUUGAUUCUUUACGUCUUCACGAAGAUAUCAGCUGAUCUGUACUCUGGAGCCAUCUUUCUCACCCAAGCUAUGCCAGAGCUGAAUUUGUACGUUGCCAUCAUCAUUCUGUUGGCUGUGGCUGCUUUGUUCACAAUAGGAGGUGGAUUGACAGCCGUCAUAUGGACAGACUUCAUCCAAACAAUUAUUAUGGUUGCUGGAGCAUUCGUCCUUAUGGUUAUGGGGUUCAUUGAAGUGGGCGGAUACGAAGAGCUACGGUCUAAAUACCUCACAUCCUACCCAAAUACCACACUGCACCAUCUUGGUCAGAAUGACAACUACUCGUACACACAAUGUGGCAUCCCUCCAGCAAAUGCCUACAAUCUGAUACGGCCAGCAGACGAUACUAAUCUGCCCUGGCCAGGUGUCUUCAUUGGCUUGUUGGUUUCAUCCAUUUGGUAUUGGUGUUCGGAUCAGGUUAUUGUACAAAGGGCUCUUGCUGCCAAGAAUCUGACUCACGCCAAAGCAGGUUGCCUGUUGGCCGCCUACCUCAAGUUUUUGCCUCUGUUUCUCAUUGUCUUCCCUGGCAUGAUUGCUAGAGUUUUGUACACUGACAGAAUAGCAUGCGCUGACCCGGCAGUGUGUCAAGUUGUCUGUAGACAAAACAGUUGCACAAACAUUGCCUUUCCUACUCUGGUGUUGGAACUCAUGCCAGCAGGACUACGGGGCCUGAUGCUCUCAGUUAUGAUGUCCGCUCUUAUCUCCUCUCUUACAUCGAUAUUCAACAGCAGCAGUACCAUUUUUACAAUGGACAUUUGGCGGAGGAUACGACGGAAUGCAACUGAAGUCGAACUUAUGAUUGUUGGAAGGUUGUGUGUGAUCAUCCUAGUGGCUGUGGGCAUUGUCUGGAUCCCUGUGGUACAGAGUGUCACAGAACUAUUCCACUACAUUCAGGCAAUCACCAGCUUCCUAGCUCCUCCCAUUUGUGCCGUCUAUGUGCUAGCCAUCUUCUGGAAGAGAACCAAUGAAAAGGGAGCUUUUUGGGGGCUGAUGAUUGGUCUUUGUAUUGGUCUUAUCCGGUUCACUUGGGAAUACUCUUAUAAGAACUACCCGUGUGGAGAAGAGUACAAAGGGCACAAGCCAGAUAUUGUCAGCAAAAUCCACUACUUACAUUUUGGCAUCAUCCUGUUUGGAAUUGUUGCUGCUGUGACCAUUGUGAUUAGUCUGAUGACCGCUCCAAUUGAUGAUAUCCACCUAGAGAGGCUAACCUACUGGAAUCGCAACAGCACCAGACAAAGAAUAGAUAUCUCAGAAGUCGAGGAGGAGGAGAAGCCAGUGCCAGAGCCUAUAUCAGCACCUAAACCAUAUCAAGAUG